AUGCAGAGUUCAUAGUCCCAGUACACUCACACAAUAAUGCCUUGGAGUUUUCUGCCCUUACCAAGAUCAAGUUCAGCACAGACCUACAGCAACCGGAAGUUCCGUAUCAUGACUUGCUUAUUAAGUCCGCCAUUUUGCGCUUGCGCAUCAGCCGGCAAAAACGGAAAUUACGUCGCAAAAUGAAACUUCCACUGAAUGUGACAUUCUACUUAAUGGAGGCAACAGAUCAACUGGGAACAAAUGAACAGCUUUCAACGGCGUCGACAAUACACUCCUUUACUGUAAAUACCUUAAAAUCCAGAAACAUUGAAGUAGACAUACAACCACAGUUGCUCUCUUACCUCGUAGAUUCAGACAAUAAAAUUGUGACAGUUGGUCUGAGGAUUGAAGAAUCCUCUUCAGCGGAGAAGGCAGGUGGGAAUUCCAAGACCAAAUUGAAAAGUUCUGUACAUAACAAAACUGAUAUCUCCUCACAGGAAAAUAAUGCCGUCUAUGUCGAUUUCGAGGAGAUCGGGUGGAGUGACUGGGUGCUGUUCCCCACCGGCUACACCGCUCACUAUUGCAAAGGAGGCUGCCCCGAAAGGUACAAGAUCGCCAGCACUUUCACCAAUAUCAAAAGUAUUUUACACGAACGACACCCGGAGACUGUUCCGGAGCCCGUCUGCGCCCCCACUGACUACAGCUCCUUAGUCAUGAUGAUACACAACAACGGAGAAAUCAGAAGCAUUGAGUAUCCAGGGAUGGUGGUUACUGGCUGCCGGUGUCAUUAG